CACUUUCUUCCCUCUUAUAAGCAGAGAAAGUUUGACAAGUGUGCUUCAGUUUCUUCAUAGUCUCUCUUUGCUUUGGAUUUGGGGACUGGUCUUCAGAAGCGACGGUGUGAGCGAUCCUUCUUUUGCUGUCUCCAGCUAGAUCUCCCUCAAGAUGGGUGACUGGAGUGCAUUGGGAAGGCUCCUCGACAAGGUACAGGCCUACUCCACCGCUGGCGGGAAGGUCUGGCUCUCGGUGCUCUUCAUCUUCCGGAUCCUGGUACUGGGAACGGCCGUGGAGUCGGCUUGGGGCGACGAGCAGUCGGCUUUCCACUGCAACACGCAGCAGCCCGGUUGCGAGAACGUGUGCUACGACAAAUCCUUUCCUAUCUCGCACGUCCGUUUCUGGGUGCUGCAGAUCAUCUUCGUGUCCACCCCUACGCUUCUGUAUCUGGCGCACGUCUUCUACUUGAUGCGCAAGGAGGAGAAGCUCAACCGGAAAAAGGAGGAACUGAAGGUGGUCCAGAAUGACGGGGGCGACGUGGAGCUUCACCUGAAGAAGAUCGAGCUCAAGAAGCUCAAGUACGGCCUGGAGGAGCACGGCAAGGUGAAGAUGAAGGGCGGUCUCCUGCGCACGUACAUCGUCAGCAUCUUUUUCAAGUUUAUCUUCGAGGUGGCCUUCCUGUUGAUCCAGUGGUAUAUUUACGGCUUCACCCUGUCUGCCGUCUACACCUGCGAGCGCGAUCCUUGCCCCCAUCGCGUCGACUGUUUCCUCUCCAGGCCCACGGAGAAGACCGUGUUCAUCAUCUUCAUGCUGGUGGUCUCCUUGGUCUCGCUUUUGCUCAACGUCAUCGAGCUCUUCUACGUGCUCUUCAAACAGAUCAAGGACAAGGUGAAGGACAGGCAGAACGAGUACGCCACCGGCACCCUGAGCCCUACGCCCAAGGAGAUGUCCACCACAAAGUACGCCUACUACAACGGCUGCCCAUCGCCAACCGCGCCGCUCUCACCCGUGUCGCCUCCGGGCUACAAGCUAGCCACCACCGACAGGACCAACUCUUGUCGCAAUUACAACAAGCAGGCCAACGAGCAGAACUGGGCCAACUACAGCACAGAACAGAACCGUCUGGGCCAGAACGGUAGCACCAUUUCCAAUUCGCACGCUCAGGGCUUCGACUACCCCGAAGACACGCACGAGCACAAGAAACUGCCGCCGGGCCUCGAGCUGCAGCCGCUAGCGUUGCUAGACGCCCGGCCGUGCAGUCGGGCCAGCAGCCGCAUGAGCAGUCGAGCGAGGCCAGACGACCUGGACGUGUAGCCACGUGACCUCGCGCCAAGCCACUGCGCUAGAGGACUGACGCAUGGAACGAGACGAGCCCACUUCCUGUACGAAGGGGCGGGGCUAAUUCCGCACAAGUUCCUCACUCUAGACUCUAGUCGAUACAGAGACAUUAAAUUACUCACACUGCUGGAGGUACUAUUCAUUAACAAUGAUGUCGAAACUAGCACAGCUAACCUGCCCUAACAACCCAACAGCCGGGUGCUCAAGAGAGCGCACGUGAGCCGAACCAAGUCCACCAGAAUAUGUGAUUCGUUAGUAAGGGUUUAUCACAAUGCCACACAAUGAUUCGAUUUUUACAUGUCGCACUCCUACGUGUCGUAUUUUAACCCCUGCCGCUUGUAUUAUCAUCACUUCAAAUCUGUGUCGUCCAACAGGGUGUUUAAAACGUUCCAGAAUUAAUAUUUAUUUAUUCAUAAAGAUUAACAGGACAUCCACCACUACAUGAAGAUUGACUACUAAUCAUGGUCAUGUUUAGAUAACUAAUACCAUCCAAUUGCAUAUUUAUUGACAAUAAUCCAAAUUUCGGCAAUAAUUUUUUUUUUAUUCAGCAAAUAAGAGUUUCGAUAAUCAUAGCGGACUGUCAUUUUCCUGAUAAACUUUGAAUUUAUGUGGUGUUGGUUUUGUUAUCCGAUGACAUUUGUUUUUUUUAUAGUGGUGGUGGUGGUAUGAAGCGUUUAUGUGUGGACUUUCUUUCUUUUUUUGUAUUUUGAUUUUUGCUAAUGUUGUGUGCUUUACAGUCUUGGUAAGAAUGGCUUUGUUUUUACUUUUUUUUCUGAACGGGCAGAUGGAUCGUAUUCAGUUUGAUUUAGACUGAGUCGAAUUAAUGUCUUACCUUUGAAGUGAAUGACUUUUAACUGAAUAUAAUCACUGCUGCUUGAGAGAUAGAGAUUUAGUACUGUAAAUCAAGCUAACUAUGUUACAAAUGUGAGUUUUUAGAAGACUGCUUGUAAGAGCUGGACUAAUAUUUAGUCAGUUAUAUUAAGAGAUAAAUGCCAGCGUAGCUCCAUAACUACCAAACGCUAGUAGAUGAUAUUUCAUUACGGACAUUCGUCGUUCCAUUUCCAAAUGUUGCAUUAUGGCACAUCGGUACUCAUCUGCAGAGACUCACGGAUAUUUCAGCUACAAUGGUGUUUGCACUGAGAGUUCGUCUAGGGUGUUAUAUGAUGCAAAAAUGACAAGAAAAGUUCUCUGUUAUGCACAAAACUAAUUUAUUUUACAACACACUACAAGGCAUAAGGUCACUUUUACAGUGCACUCACAGAAUCGAUGGGUUUGAGCAAUCUGAUCUCACAAAAUCCGUGAAAUAGUCACGCAAUAUUUUUUGCGUGUCAUUAUCACGUAUUUCCACUUUUUUACGUGCCCAUUCGUGUAAGUUUCACGUAUUGGUUUUUCCCAUUUUCUUACCAUUAAACCAAACCAAACUCUAACUAAUGUCAAGCGACAAUGGUUUAAAAUAGUGGAAACAAAUACUUAAACUGACACAAACAGCAAAUCUAACCCCAAACCGUAGUGACAAUGGUUUAAAAAUGGGAAAAACAUUUGAGUACGUGAAACUGACACGAAAAGAAAGAUGUGGCACGGGCACGUAAAAAAGUGGAAAUAUGUGACAAUGAGACGCAAAAAAUGAGUAAAAUAUUGCGUGACUAUUUCACGGAAAUUUGUGAGAUCAUGUUGGUUUGAGUGUCUUGUGGGCGAGAUUUUACAUCUGGUAAAUAAUGCAAAAAAAUAUAUAGGGGUUUGAAUUGGUUUUAAAUUGAAACACUGAUGUAUGUCAUUCCAUGGGAAUCCAGUCCACUGUUGUACAGUGGAAAAAAACAUGCAGUCGUAACAACAAAAAGGACGAUAAUCAAAUCUGUGAAAAGCAAUUUAACCAAUAAAGAUUUUUUUUCUUUGUAA